AUGUCAGCCUUAUCUCUAGGCGGUCGUGAGCCGCGAUCACCGACACAACACCAUCACAAUAUCCACGUUCCUCGGUCCCAUUCUGACAAUGACCUCGCUGUCAAGACACGCUUCACGGACUUCUUCAUCGAAACCAUCCUUGGACCCGAAUUCGGUGGAUCGCGCAAAACGAGUAAAGUGCACCAUCGAGAUGACGAUAAACCCGAGGUCGUGAGACAGGACAGAACAAACGUCGCCAAGCGAUGCGAGGAGGCCCGGCCGCUGAGUACGGGGGAUAAAGCAUCACCGAAAAGCCCGACAUCGCAAUCAUGGCCAGCAUGGGUUUACUGUACGCGUUACUCGGAUAGACCGUCAUCAGGGCCUCGGACACGAAAGGUGAAACGGCGGGAAAAGAAAGCAGACGAAAAGCGCCCUCGAACAGCUUUCAGUGCGUCCCAACUCCAGAGAUUGAAGCAAGAGUUCCAACAGAGCAACUACCUUACCGAACAACGCAGAAGGUCCCUUGCCAAAGAACUCACACUGAGCGAAUCACAGAUCAAAAUCUGGUUUCAGAACAAGCGAGCCAAAAUCAAGAAGGCAAGUGGACUCAAGAAUGGCUUGGCGAGACAACUCAUGGCUCAGGGUCUUUACAACCAUUCAACGGUCCCUUUAGAAGGAGAUGGUAUGGACACUAAGAUUUUGAAUGGACAAAAUACCAGCGGUGAUUGCAGUAGAUCGGACUACACAAGCGCGGACUACACAAGUGAUUCUGAUGGUGAUUCGUUGACACAUUAA